AUGAACAGAGGCAAAUGCAAGUCCGUGGCGCCUGCUGAGAAUCCACAACCGAAGGUGUUCACUCUCGAGCUUGGGAACCUGAAGGCCAGCUACCCCAAGUUGAUGAAGGACAUUGAAGCAGAGAUCGACAGUAGGCUUACGGAUGAGAUCAAGAGGCAGCCAAAGCUUGAGAAGAUGCCACCUAGGGUCAAUGGCACAGCACUGUACACUCCAGCACAAGGAACAUUCAUGGUGAGCAUGGAACCAGAACAUGGCGGCAAGGUCGUGACUCUGCCGAUCCGCUGGGUCGAUCUCUACAUCAUAGCGUUUUACGUGGAAGGUGUGUGGUAUCGCUACUCUGAAUUUGGUACGGACAUACUUCCGCCGUCUGGAGAUCAGUUCCCGUACAAUACCAGCAGGCCUGGACUUGGGACCGUCCAGUUGCCCCUCACUAGCUCCUACUUCAAGAUAGGUGGAUUCGACAUAAACGUGGGUAAACCAGCUUUUACCCACUGCAUCGCCAGCUUGGGAAAACUUGGAGAGCUAUACCGCAGUGAGAGGGGACUUCAGGUUCUGAAAUCCGGCCCCCUAUCUUUCCCGACUGUAACGAUUUGCGAAGCAAUCCGCUUCGCGCUCUAG